AGUUCAGAGCCCGACACUUGUCUUGCUACAAACAGUACCUACUCACAAACCAACAACCAUGGUUCACUGGACAGCUGAAGAGAAGGCCGCCAUUACCUCUGUGUGGCAGAAAGUAAACCUGGAGCAAGAUGGCCAUGAGGCACUCACAAGGCUGCUGGUUGUGUACCCCUGGACCCAGAGAUACUUCAGCAGCUUUGGAAACCUCACUAAUGUCACUGCUGUUGCUGGAAAUGCCAAGGUUCGUGCACAUGGCAAGAAGGUCCUUUCAGCUGUUGGUGACGCCAUCACCCAUCUUGACAAUGUGAAGGGCACUCUCCAUGACCUCAGUGAAAUCCAUGCCUUCAAGCUUCAUGUGGAUCCCGAGAACUUCAAACGUCUUGGUGAAGUGCUGGUCAUUGUCUUGGCUUCUAAACUGGGAUCAGCUUUUACUCCUCAAAUCCAGGGAGCCUGGGAGAAAUUUGUUGCAGUUCUGGUUGAUGCACUCAGCCAAGGAUACAACUAAAAUGGCGUACUAGUGCUGUACUGAGGUUAUGGAUACUUUUAUGAACAUGUUGCACCAAUUUAAAAUAAAUGAGCUUGUAUAAUACAUGUCUGUAGUUUGGUUAAUAUUUAUACAAAUGUAUUAAAAAAAAAUGAAAAAAAAUAAGGAGCACUGUAUGUUAGACCACAAAACUUUUUUGAAGCAUGGUGACAUUUUAAGAGUAUCCUCUCUCUUUAUAAAGAGUAGAUAUUGUUGAAACAUCACCAUGUUUCAAUAAAGGUUUGUUCAUUUUUUCUUGUUAUAUUUUGUAUUUUGGAAUGCUGAUUUCCCUUUAAGCAAGGAUCUUAUUUUGCUAAUGCUGCAGUUUGGCUUCUAUAAGCAACACAUGUUGUCACCCAAUCAUAUCUUUUUGAAUUGUGGAAUAAUUAAUCAUAAAUCAAAUACUCCAUCGCACUCAAGGCACUCCUGACCUCUUCCAAGGAAACUUGGCUUUUAGGUACCUUCUUAACUGCAGACCUGUCCUUAAAGGGGUGGAGUUGGGAGAACUUAUAUUAACUAGUGAGAAGCCACUCUCCCAACUCUAUAUACAAAUCAUAGAAAUGUUGCUCAGUUCAGGUGAACAGAAUUGGGUGUGACUUAUAUCAUAAAUCAAAUGUAAUAAACCCAGACACUUCAUAUUAUUUAAACGGAAAACUAGAUGCUAAACUUCCACAAAAAAGACACACUUUGUAUAUAGUAUGUACAAAGUAUAAAUUGCAGGGAAGCAGAAGAAGAAUUGCUUGCUUGUGGGGUCAGACUUGUGUUGGGUGGUGCUUCUUCAAAAGGAACCUGUAACUGCUGCUGCAGCCAGAGGAGUUCCAAGACAACCUGCUGUUAAGUUUAAAAAACAUAACACGCAUUUGGUUUGCCACCUCAGGAUCAAAUUCACACCUUCUAACUAAUUAGCAGUUAAUUUAGAUACACAUAACAUAUUUGCUCCUAAAUUAUCUGCUGAUUGGUUGUACAGCUAUGGGAUCCCUUAUUCGUAAACCUAUUAUCCAAAGCAUUCUGAAUUUUAAUAAAAUAAUUAAAAUGCAAAAA